GACCCGGGGACUGAGACUCUCCCCCACCCGCCCGGACACCAGGGGAAGCUGCAGGAGCGCAACUCUGUUUUACCUUGUGUCCGACUGAGGAUUCACUGCGCGACGGUCUCUGAGCGAACUUGUCUCCGACCAGCGCCCACCGAGCGGCUGUACAAUCCUCAGCAGUGACCUGAGACUGUAUUGCCUGCCCCGGGCUCUCCCACCGCUGCACUUGCCCCUCUGCUCCCCGGCUACCAACUCUGCGCCCCGGCUACCAACUCUGCUCCUCGGCUACCAACUCUGCUCCUCGGCUACCAACUCUGCUCCCCGACAUUUGGACUCUCCCUCUGGGAUUAUCCAGCACCUCUCACCAUGACGGCCGAUAAAGAGAAGAAAAGGAACAGCUCAGAAAGAAGAAAGGAAAAGUCCAGAGAUGCUGCAAGAUGCCGGAGAAGCAAGGAGACCGAGGUCUUUUAUGAACUGGCACAUCAGCUACCACUGCCUCAAAGCAUCAGCGCACACUUGGACAAGGCCUCCAUAAUGCGCCUGACAAUAAGCUUUCUACGGACACACAAAGUCUUGUCAUCAGUGUGUGUAGACCGGAACAUUGACACAGAUUCAGAGAAAGAGAUGGAUAACUUGUACCUGAAAGCUCUGGAAGGUUUUGUGGCGGUGGUGACCCAAGACGGUGACAUGAUCUUUCUGUCGGAAAAUGUCAAUAAGUACUUGGGUUUAACACAGGUGGAGCUGACAGGACUCAGCAUCUUUGACUUCACCCAUCCAUGUGAUCAUGAUGAGAUUAGAGAAAAUCUAAGCAUGAAAACAGGUUUAGGCUCUGGUAAGAAGAACAAGGAAGCAAAUACAGAACAUGAUUUCUUCAUGAGGAUGAAAUGUACAGUUACCAACAGAGGAAGGACCGUGAAUCUAAAGUCUGCCACGUGGAAGGUUCUACACUGCACUGGCCACGUGAAGGCAUACAACUCCUACCAUCCACAUUCUCUUUGUGGGUACAAAGAACCCAUACUCAGCUGCCUCAUCAUGAUGUGUCAGCCUAUCCAGCACCCAUCCAACAUUGACAUCCCACUGGACAGUAAGACCUUCUUGAGCCGCCACAGCAUGGACAUGAAGUUCUCUUACUGCGAUGACAGAAUAACUGAAUUGAUUGGAUACCAUCCAGAGGAACUGCUUGGACGGUCUGCGUACGAGUUUUAUCACGCUUUGGAUUCCGAGAGCAUGACUAAGAGCCACCAGAACUUGUGUACCAAAGGCCAAGUGGUCACUGGCCAGUAUCGGAUGCUUGCAAAACAUGGAGGCUACUUAUGGGUGGAAACUCAAGGUACAGUUAUAUACAACACACGCAACUCUCAACCGCAGUGCAUCGUGUGUGUCAACUACGUUCUCAGUGAAAUUGAGAAGAAUGAUGUUGUGUUCUCCAUGGACCAAACUGAAUCCUUGUUCAAGCCCCAUUUUAUGACCAUGAACUCCAUCUUCAGCAGCUCCGUUGAAGAAAAGAGUGACUUCCUGUUCACUAAACUUAAAGAGGAGCCUGAGGACCUUGCCCAGCUGGCACCCACACCCGGGGAUGAAAUUGUUUCAUUGGACUUUGGUUCACAGCCAUUUGAUGAAUCAGCUAGCUUUAACAGUGUCCAGACAAGUCCAAGCAAGCAAUGGCCUUUGGAAGUCAAGAACCUAAAUACCCAGGUUGACAUAAUAAAUCUUCCGUGCUUCAAAGCACCUCAAGUAGCCCCAGGAAACAGCACCCCCAGUGCUAGCAGCAACAGCACAUGUUCUACGCCAAGCAGUCCAGAAGCAUAUUACUCGUCUUUGGAUGAAGAUCUCAAGAUUGAAUUGAUUGAGAAACUUUUUGCUAUGGAUACUGAGGCAAAGAAUCAGUGUAACACCACUCAGAAUGACUUUAAAGACCUGGACCUGGAAACCCUCGCUCCAUACAUUCCCAUGGAUGGUGAAGACUUCCAACUAAAUCCUAUCUGUCAAGAAGAAAGCACAAUCAAUGACACCCCUCAAAUCACCCAGCAGAAUUUAAGUAGCAUAAGCUCGCUCUUCCAGCCAAGCACCCGAUCUCCCCAGAAUCAGUUCCUUCAACAGAAGAUUUGUCAACCUUCAACAGCUAAAAGCAAUAAUGGUAGCCCAGACCCACUCCCUCCCAUACUUUUCAACAAUGAAAAAAAGGCAUUGCCCCUAACAACAUACCAUAGUGGUGCUAGUACACUAUUACCUCCAAUGGGCGGGAGGCCUAGUGUUCAAUGGCCUCCGGACCCGCCUGUUAGUUAUAUGUCUAACAAGUGGCGGUUUGUGGAGCAGUAUAAUGGAUCUUUAACCAGCUUGCCUACUGGACCACCAAUUCAUUUGCACAAUGUGCCCUUAUACAAACAAAGGUCCCUGGAGAGUUUUGGGCAGCGUGGCAAAGACUUACACCCUGCAGAGAUUCCUUUCUGCAACAGUAUGAAACGGAAGCGGCCACUCGAUUAUGGAGAACAUGGAUAUCCACAGAUCGAUGUGGGGGAAUUGCGAGAAGGCAGCAAUGCUCUGUUAAUGUGGAAACGAAUGAAAGCACUCAAGUCAGGGAGCUGUCCGCUGGUUGCAGAAAGAAAGUCCCUCAGUACAAGUGUCCUUAAUGAUGGGUUCAUAUGUAACCGUCACAGAGAGCUAAACCAACCAAUCAAUCAACAGCAACAGCAGCAAUGUGUAGCGCCACCCAGAGACGGCCGGAAACCUGCUUAUUCAAAUCCAUUCUUCAACUGCAGUUACCAUGACUACAAUGUGCAGCAAACUGAAAAAAUGAAAGGUCUGACCUCGUGUCUCAUUGGUCCAUCUUUCGAAUCAUAUCUGUUGCCGGAAUUGACGCGAUAUGACUGUGAGGUUAAUGUCCCAGUUCUGGGCAACUCAAGGCUUCUUCAAGGCAGCGAUCUGCUCAGAGCUCUCGACCAGACAACUUGAACAGCGCCAAGACCGUCAUUGGGUUGUUGCCAUUACAAGCCGCUUCACUUUCUAAAUCCUAUUUUAUUUUUUUCGAGUAGAAAGUUUCUGUCACUGAUAACACUUUUACAAGAUUUACUUACUCAAUGAACUUGUUCACCGUACCAAAUAGUGGCCUUCUUCUUGGAAUGACGUGAUAUUAAAAGAUGCUCCUGUAUGUUUUUACCUGCUGUAUUUUUCCUUCUUUGUUUUUAAAGGAAGUGUAUAGUUUAGAUUUUUUUUUAAAGACCCUUCUCGAUGUAAAAGUAAUUUAUAUUUUUGAAAUGGCCACAGACAAUCUUUUCUGUAUGUGUGGGUUUCUUAUGCAAGGUUACAAGCCUUAACAACCUGAAAGGAAAGUUCUUAUUGUGCCUUUAAUGAGGUGUUUGUUAGGCAGGGUCGGGCAAGGAGACACCAUCACUUGAAAAAGGACAAGGAAAGGUGCAAUUUUUUUAUGAACCCCCACACCAGUGAUUGUAUUUGGCUGGUGCACCUCUUCUCUCACUAUGCUGCCAUCUUGCUUCUGGUCUCUGCAAUCCUCACUGCUGCCCUGGGCACUGCACAUGCUCAGUAGAGCAAAAGCAGGACUUAGAAACAGAAAGCCACAGUUUUUGCUCUAUUGUGCACAACCCAGAGCUACAGCAAGAAGAAGCAAGAUGGGGGAGCAGCACCACCUACAAUCAUACCCAGAGCUAAUGCAUUUUCAAUGAGGAGGAUCACCAACCCAGGGUCUGAGAUUAGUGAUUAUAAUCAGUGGAGAGUGCCUUGCAAAUGUCAUUUUCCUUUAAAAUGCAAGACCAGACAAUAGACAGCAAUAUAAGUGUUGUUCUCAGGUCUUUAAAACACUGUGGGGUGAUACCUCAUCAUCUGGUAUAUCCUAACCAAAUGUAUUGAUUGCUUUGACUAGAACCGCCAUAUCCCAGGCUAAAAUAAUUGCUUAUUUAGGCCAAAUUCACUUUGUUUUUAUCUCACAUCAUCUGCACAAUGAACUAAAAUUCUACUCCAUCGUUUUUCCUUUAUUCCCCCACCCCCCUUAGCUCUAGUGAUCACCAACUCUAUCCCCAGAGCUUUCAGGGGAAUAAUGACUGACAAUAGUAAUAUUCCUGUGGAUUAUUGCACUGAUGAUAUUAUGAGGUCAUGAGGUUGGUUCUAGAUCUGAUUCCAGGUUCGCAUGAUUGUUGGUGUUCCUCUAUUUAACCUACUGAGUUAUACUUAAGGACGGUGCUGAGGAUCUAAAAUUAUUUGGCUUCUCCUAAAAUGAUUAUUUAACAUAACUUUUAGAUUACUUUUGGAAGUGGGCACCUUCAAGAUCUGUGUUUAUUUCUUGCCACCCCCAAACAUAGUUGGCCAUAUCUGAGUAUGUUUUAUCGGUUUUAUGGAAACCUGAGCCAAAUACCAACCUGUUUAAUGCACUCAAUUAGCAAACUAUCCCUUCUUCUUUUUAUAUCUCGGUGCUCUCAUUAUGUUGUUACUAAUAAAGUGGAUCACAAAGCAAUAUAUGGAAUAUGAUUGUUAAGUUGCACAGAAUGUUGCCUAACACUGCUUGAUGCUGCCUAUGUAGCCUCCUAUUGGCUGUAAUUAUGCCUGAAAAUGCUUUUCUUACUGAAAAAACUGUUUAGUUGUAUUUUUAUUACUGGCACUUUCAGGCGGUUCACAUUAUGGUCAGUUGCGGCAAGAACCAUUUCCAGUGAUUCUCCGCUCAUGUGCCUUCAGCCUUAAAGCUUUGAACCAUUAUUUCUUUUGGUGGUACUUGUUUUUCAAAGUUAAAGAAACAUAUGGCAUUUAUGUCUCUAGUGGCACUAGUAAUACUUUUUACCCAUUCUCCAUACUACAAGUGUAUUAAAAAACAAUAGAAAAACCAUUUGUACUAACCAUACAAAGCACCAAACCUUCAUCCAGCUAUGAAAUAAAAGGGGCCACCAUGCAGGACCCAUGUUUAGAUCAAGUUACUUUGACAUUGGAAAUCUGUUUUUUGUUUAUACAUAUGAAUUGUGACUGUUUAUUUGUAUAGCCUGCAUUGUCUGUCGACAGCUCUUCAAGUGCAAAAAAAAAAACCGACGUAAAAAAGGUUACCGGUAUAAUCCAUGGAAGGGCAUUCCGAUUGAUCGACCUUUGAGUUGAGGUUUCUAGAGAAGGGCCACCAAAAGCAAUAUUGUAUAUGGCUGCCCAUUGUAGCAAUAGGAAACGGGCAGAUUCCUUACAGACAGAAUUCAGAUCAAUUAUAUUAUUUUGCACUUUGGAUAAAACUUUAGGACCAGUCUUUCGGGGAGGAGUGUUUGUACAUAUGUAUAUUUUAUCUUCUGAUUCCUCCCCACACCCUCCUCUACCCUUUUCCCUAUGUUUUUGACUACCUUCCAACAGCUUCAUGUGCAAUCUUUUUGAUAGAGAAGAGCCAAAGUUUCUUGAAGGCGAGAUUACAUGAUUAUGUUAGAUGCACGAUCACAGGGUAAAUUCUUAUUGAGUUAAAAGGAAGGUUCUCUCAUUCCGUUAUCAGUUAUAUGGAGAUAAUCACCAAUUUGCUUUGUUCCCUGCUUUAGCACUAAAUAUUCGGUUGGGAUAAAACCCAAAUGUGUCUAAAGCAGUUAACAUCCAACAUUUAACUUGAAUACCUGUAAUGCCAAACGGGGCUGAAAUCCACAGGCCAAUCUCAGGCCCUGACCAAAGUCAGUGUUUCAUUUUUUUGCUUCCGGAAGCCUUGUGUAGGCUUUGGCAUGAACACACUCACAAGAAGUCUUGUGUUUCUUCACUGAAAUCUGAGUGUGUUUGUGAUGGACACUAGGCUUCUGGAGGAGAAACAAGAAGAGGACACUGCUGGUGGCCGUGGACUGAAAUCAGCCUAAAUUUCAACCCCAGUCUGGCUCUAGCCAAAGGGCUAGUAAAGCUUAAACAAGAUAAUGUAUGUGUUGUUGGUUAAAAGCAGACAUAUUAGUCAUUAGAGUGGGACAGUAGGGCAGAUCCUCUGAGAUGAAUCCAGCCUCAUGGUAAUUCGGGGUGAUUAUUUCUGUACUGGUUACUAUGAACCAUUGCAGGGUUACAGCUGGCUCUCAUGAAUACAUCUCUACCAAACACAGGGUGCUCUGUAUUCAUAGGGCACACACACGGGUCUCUUAAACCCAUGUUUAGAGUUGAAAAACCUGCAGCAAUUCAUUGAGGGGCAGUACAAGGAGCAAAGUGAAAAACAUGGUGGUUUGUCCACAGUUGCACUUGUAAAUGACCGUAAAUGCGACUUCCAGCAACUCUACAGACAGGUCUGUCUUGGAGUGCCUGGCAUUUAUAUAACCCAUGAAAUUGCCCCCUAAAAAACAUAUAUAUUUCAGUCUUUCUUAAACCUAUUGUGAUGCUCUCCAUUGUGUUUCGUUCAGAAAAGCAAAUCAAAGACAUCUUUGCACUUGUGUUCUAUAUAUAUAUUAAUAACCAUAUAACAUACAUAACUGUCUGUGAUUAUGUGUACUCAUUAGUGUUCUGCUCAUUUUAGUGAGUUCCUGUUUGCACACACCCACAAUUCCACACUGUCUUGUACUCUGUGCACUCGGUUUUAUAGCAGUGCGCAGAAAACUGACAGUUUGUGCACACAGCCUGCAAGAAAUGAAUGGGAACCCUGUUGCCUUUAACCCACAAAAAAACUGCAUUUUAGGUUUGAAUGUCUCCAUCAUUACACAGGUGUACAAGAGAAAUGUCUCAGUGGAACAAAUUAUACUUUUAAUUUUGCAAAUUAUUUUGCGGAGAAAUGUCACAUCAGGCCGACAGUUAAAGGGACAUUAUCACUUUGUAUUUAAGUGCUUUAUAAUGUAUCCUUCAUUUAGCAUAAACAAAAGUAUAUAUAGGAAAAUAAAACGAGAUUAUUCUGAUUAAAAA